UCGUUAGGAAUAAUUAAAGACGACGUCGACACCUUGUGCCUGUGAGGAGAACGAAGCCGAGACGUCAGAAAUGCAAUCGCGAAUCAUCGGCACUUCAUUCGACAGCCAGUCGCCGCCGCAUUUCAUCGCGAGGAUGCUCGUUCUCGCGAUUGUCUGCGGCGGAUUCCUCCUGGGACAAGUCGAUGCGCAGUAUCAUGACGAUCCCGAUCAUAUAGUCUUCCCCGGACCAGUCGGCUCGAGAUCGAGGGACAGGGCCCUUGAUAAUGAGCCCGCGAGGGGUUCCGCAGAUGACAGCGAUACGAUACCGCUCGAUUUAGCAGCUAGAUUAAAUACGAUAGAUUCGUUGGAGGAAUUUCUGGAGCUUCUUCACGGUGUUACACACAGCGAAAGGAGUUUCUCGUUUAUGACUAGUAGAUUCGGAGGCGAGGAACGAUCGAACGCAUUGAUACCAGUGCCAGCCAAAUGCAUGCCUGAGCUGCAACUCGUUUCUCUAAAACUGGACGACGAUCCUUCGACGUUCGUCUUCCCACUCUGCACACGGAUCAAAAGAUGCGGCGGCUGUUGCAUUAGUCCUCUGCUCUCGUGUCAACCAACAGCUACGGAGAUGCGGAACUUCGAAGUGAUCGUGACGUCGCUGGUCGAUAUGAAAUACCGGGGACGACAAAUUGUGCCGGUGGAGGAGCACACUAAAUGCAAGUGCGACUGCAAAAUCAAGGAAGAGCACUGCAACGAUAAGCAAUAUUACGAGCCGCACAACUGCAAGUGCGCCUGCAACAAUGUGGACGAGGAGGAAAAGUGCCUUAAGAAUGACACGAAGAUCUGGAACUCGACUCUCUGCGUUUGCAUGUGUAGGACCAUCGAGCCAUGCACCACCGGAUACUACUUCAACCCCAACACGUGCAGAUGUGGACCGAUAAUGUUGUCUAGACCAGUAAACAGGUUUGCGCCGACGAAUUACAAUUUCACUGACCGUCAACCAGAAAACAGGCGAACGGUGAUAAUCCCUUUGGACCCAUCAGAUCCCAGAAGAAAACACAAGGAGGAUCCUGAAUACAAGUGACAAGAAUUCAGACGGACACGCGACGGAUUACAAGACUGCUAAAACGAUAUAUAGUUAAUUUGUUAAUUUCUUUAUUACAUAAAGACGAGACGCCUCAAUAAUUCCAUACCUGGGAACUGAAAGAGUUGAAUAUAUAUAUUCUCUCAAUUUUAUAAUUUAAUUGUCAUAAUUUUAUCAUGAUGCAAAAUAUGUUGCAAAUUCUGUAACUUUUUUGUUUCUCAUGAUUGUAAUAUAUAUAUAGCAAUGAGCAAUUUCUUCUGCGAUUUAGUAGUAAAAGAAAUAUUACACUUAUAGUUCUACCUCCAAAUCGCAGAAUGACAUGCUUUUCUAGUUCCAAGGUGUUUUCGUACUAAACUAUUGUAUGUUGACUGAAAACAAAUUAGGUCAAAGACAUUGUGAUAUAAUAAGAAAAUGACCGCCACAAGAUCUUGUUCAUGUUAUUUCUUUUUUAGGUAUUUCU